GUUCAUCUGUUCUGACCCUCACUUCACAUGUGUAUGACAGCAGUGUUGGCAUCUCACAGUUAUGAACCAUCCCAGAGUAAUGUUCCAUACGCCAGCCAGGGACGAGGACAAUGAAACCCCCCAGCACAAGCUCGGGAAACUCACUUUAAAGUACGACCGCAAGGACUUGCAGCGAAGGCUGGACAUUGAGGAAUGGAUUGAUAGUCAGUUGCAUCUGCUGUUUAAUUGUGAGGAGGAUGACAUUCCUGAGCUGGAGGUUGACAUCGAUGAGCUGUUGGAACUGUCAGAAUGUGAGCAGAGACUAAAACUGCAGGACCUUCUCCGUGAUUGUGGCAGACCAAAAGAGGAAUUCAUUGAUGGACUUCAAUAUCGAAUAAAAGGACUUCGAAAAAUGUCAGGGAACUUGAAAAAAUAAAUUCAAGGUCAAAAGAAGCUUACUUUGUGGAUAGUUGUUAAAGAAUGUUAGCGUAACGUUUCCUUUUCCUUUAGGAAGUUUAGAGUCUGAUGCCAUAUGAGACUGUGAACGUGUGAAAGUCAACAACAACUUUUAAGUUACAGGCUCUUAAGCUUUAAUGUAGUAGAUACUGUCUUACCAGUGCUUAAAACGAAACUUAAACCUUAAACCAUUUUAUUAAGUUCUUUAAAAACAUUAGGACAACUUGUACUUAAAUGAACCAAAGCAAAGCUCUUUAUAGUUCACUGUCAUCAUUUAUUCACACCUAUGUCAUUCAAAACUUGUUUAUGACUAUUUCUUCUGUGGAAAGUAACAAAUUUUAUCAGAAAUGCCUCAGUGGAGUUGUGUUCACAGGAAGUUAAUGCGGUUUAGGGUUGUUUGCUUAUCAAUGUCCUCAAAAUAUUUUUCGUGUUCUGCAGAAAGAAAAACAUUCUUAAUUGGAAUGACAGAAAUUUGUCAAAAAUGUAAAGAUGCUGUGAAUAGACACUAUUAGUGAAACAUAGAGAUGCAUUAGAAAAAUAUAUUUUUAAUUAAGAAUAUUCCAUGUGUUAAAUGCUUGGACUGUCCCAACCUUCACAAAGGAACUUUUCUCUCACACCAAAGAAAGUCGAGUUAGUAAUCCUAGUAAGCCUGUUUAUGACAACUUCAAGACCUCACAAUAAAAUAAUUAAACUAAUGACAAGCAGGCCUUUAAAAGGAGUCAUCAGCAUUUCAACAGAGAUAUGAAUAGAGCACAUCUUGUGCAAGGUGAUAACCACACAUGAGCAGUCUCUCUUACAGUUCAAUUCAGAUAUUAUAGCUGUUUCCUAUUCCAAUAAGCAUCACAGUUUAAUAAUUGAUCACAACAACUAUGCUGCUCAGGUCAGAUAAUAUAUUUGAUCUCAUCCAUACUGUCAUCAAUUUAUGUGUACUGUCUUUGUAAAACAUUGAUGAGAAAGAUGACUCCCUCAAACACGAUCACAGAGAUGUACACAAAGACUUUAUGAGAACUGUAUAUUUAAGGAUU